CCACAGCCCUCCUCCUUUAUCCCUCCCUUUCUCCUCCCUCCUUCGGGCCAGAUAGAGGAGUAAUCAACCUGAGAGUUUAAACAAACCAGAGAGCCGGCAGCGUAGAGCAGAGCUCACACACACUAUCACACACAGACUCAUACAGCUGUUCAGCGCUGAGGGGACUAGUGAGCUGAACCGGAGACUACAGCUGAGACAGAGUGAGACAUCUGUACCUGAAAAGCAGAAGAGCAGCCCUGGACAGAGCUGACAGAGUGGGGAUAAAACAGACCAGACCUUUGUCUACCCCCCCCCCCCCCCCCCCCUGCAAACGUUCACCCCCUAACCCUUGUCCAUCAACCCCUACUGCAGCCAAACCCUGACUGAAGCAUCGCAUUCUCCAGACGAUCUGACUGUCAGACAUUAGAUCUCAGACUGAGAGGCAGUCUGGCUACAUCUGCACCGAUGGAAGCCUCAACCCUGACUGAGAUGGGAGACUUGUGUUGCCCCCGGUCUGCCUCUCCAGACGGGGAGACUGUGUGUGCAGCUUUAGCCCGUUAUGAGAAUACUCUCCAGGAUGCUAUCAGGGAGAUCCACGUGGAUGUGAGUGCUUUUAAGCUGGGCAUGGAGCGUCGUUUGGAGGAGACAGCCAACCUGAGCGGGCCUCUUGGACGAGCGGUGGCUCAGCUCCAGCAGGAGAACCGGCAGCUCAGGAGUCAGCUGGAGGCUCUUACCCUACAGGUGGAGCUCCUCAGUGGGAUGAUGUGUGACAGGAGCACCUCGCUCAUUAACGGCCACAACCACAGUCCGAAUCACAAGAACCACCUCAGUGACAUUCAGGAGAACCAUCAGGAGGUAAAAGAGGUGAUCUACGGGAAGGGUGAGGCUCUCCUCCACGUCCAGCCCUGCGUUCUGGGGAACCAAGCCCAGACCCACAGUGGCCCCAGCAGCCAGGGCAGUCCUGCAUCGCCACCUGCUACCUUCCUAUCCUCGCCCAGCUCCAGCAGCCCUCCUGUUGGCUCCAGAGUUUCCUCCAUGGUGACGGGCCCGGUGUCAAGCAGCAGCCCCUCGACUGCCCGCUUCUCCAGCCGAGCCACAUUUGCUGUGUCCAGCAAGACUAAUAGUAUUGAGAGAGAGGAGCCCAUAGAGGUGGACCCCACCCCAACACAUGCUGGACUUGAGAAUGGACACGCUGCUACCACAGAACCAUUAGAGAUGCUAUACGGAAAAGUCUCUCCCCCUAAUGACUUCCCACACGAGCACACGGCCCCUGUCGCCAUGAGGAUGCCCCACCUCCCCAUCACCGCUACAACCAAGACGGCAGAAAUGAAGGGCCCCGACUCACCCAGCAGCCCUUCUGCUUCCUCUCCAGUCUCUGAGGCGUCACCUACUGGACAAUCAGCUGUUAGCACCAACCAGAUCCAACCAAUAGAGGAGUCUCCAAUUCAACCAGUAUCUUCUACGUGGACUCCCACACCUAUAAGAGCACUGGGAUCGCCCCGCCUUCAUGAGAAAGCUAAUUCAGUCCCAGUGAAGACUGUCACCUAUUCAGGACUUGUGCAGCAUGACAGAGACAGUGUUGUAAGUGACAGAUCAUUCGGUCAGGUUGGAGAGAGGAGGCGGGAGCUGGUGAGGUCGCAGACUCUGCCACGUAACAUUGGUGCUCAGGCUCGUCGAUCUAUCUUCGAAAGACUCGACUCUGAAACCAAUAACAGUCGCACCAAACCAGUGGACUCUAAACCCAAACUGAAGCGGUCCCAGAGUUUUGGCGUAUCCAGUGCCAGCAGCAUCAAGCAGAUCCUUCUUGAGUGGUGCCGAUCCAAGACCAUAGGCUAUCAGAACAUUGAAAUCCAGAACUUCUCGUCCAGCUGGAGCGAUGGGAUGGCUUUCUGCGCUUUGGUCCACUCCUUCUUCCCCACUGAGUUCGACUACACCACUUUGUCGCCCGCCAACCGCAAACACAACUUUGAACUUGCCUUUGGAACUGCCGAGAUUAAGGCCGGAUGCGACCGUCUGAUCGAGGUGGACGACAUGAUGAUCAUGGGUCGUAAACCGGAUCCCAUGUGUGUCUUCACCUAUGUCCAGUCCCUCUACAACCACCUGCGCAAAUUUGAGUGAAGCUCCAAAGCAUCCAAGUUCAGACUUGACCUUUUAAGACCUGUUCUUCUUUAUUUGUACCAAACUUUAAGCUGAGUGGAGAUCCACAACUGGCAAGGUGGAGCACUUUGGAAAGACUACACUGCCCCCUGGUGGUGGAGUGAUGAACUUUAUUCGACAUCCUGCAGGAAAAGUCAUCACAGCUCAUUUCACAGAUGCUCAGUGGACAUUGACUCAUGGGAUAAUACUGUGUGUGUCCUGUGAUAAUAUCUGUUAGUCUGGUUUGGUUUGUCAACAGUUUUGUCAGUGUGCACGUGCUUGUGUGCGUUUAGUUGAGAUACAAAAAGUGAAUAUAUUUCUGUGUAUAAAUCUUUAUCUUCACCACACGUGUUUGAAUGUGGCCAUAUUAACCUUCAUAUUGCUGGAUGUAUGUUUUACAAAUGUAACUGUAUACCUAAAGUGUUUGCGAUGAAGUGCUGGGGCAUACAAAAUAAUAAUAUGUUGCUGACUGAUAUUUACAUUCACAUAUGAUUGAGAUAUUGAAAAUAAAAAAAUUAAAAAAUGUGACAGUUUGACACCUAAA